AUGGGGGCCGCGCCUCCACCGCAUCAAGUCACCACCACAGACCCCACAGCGCAAGAGAAAGAUGAACGUUUAGCUAAACACCUGGAAACAUCCACUGUGUUCACUGGCACAUCAAACAGAAUACAGAAUGAUUUGAUAGAAGCAGUAGAUGAUGUGAUCAGAAAUGACAUUAAAAGGAGAUUAAUGCAACCAGAUUUGUCAGAGUGGAGGUGGACCUCAAUUGAGAAAGAAAGACUUUUAAAACUCAAAGAAAAAGAGAAAAAGGAGGACUUCUACAACAAAGUCAUAGAGAUCUUCAUCCAGAAGGAAAGGCGAAUGGGCUUCAUUUACUACCCGUCCGGCCCGGCGCCCAGUGCCAGCUCCGCAGCCCUGUCUCUUCAUCCGCAUCUUCUCUACUCCAUUCUCUCCAAACGGACUCCGGUGUGGCAGAGACCGAGCAGCUGGUCCCCACGGCCAACAGGCUCCCGGUCAUCUUUUUCACCUGGCCGGAUUCCUGCCUUCCUUUCCCGCCCCCUGGCUCCUCUCCCCCGGCGGAAGCGUCUCCGGCGCCGCGGUAAACGUGGCGGCCAGCUGGUGAAAGUUAGGGCACUCCUGGCCCGGCUUCCCGUGGCUUCCCGAAGGAGGAAUGGUGCGGUAUCCGGUCUCCUCCUGCACCCACGCUCGCUGGAUCCCAUCGGUUCCUGGCUUGUUCCUAUCGUUGGUUUGGAGGAAGAGGCUUGCCGCCGUCGCUCCUGCUGUCCCCGCCCCCGGAGGCGCGGGGUGGAUUCCCGCCACCUGCGGGCUGUGUGUCGGGCCCCACCUGGAUUAGCUGCGGCCUUGGACGUGCUGGCCCCCGCCAGGUUCGGUCUUGUGAACGCAAGAUCCUUGACAAACAAAACUUUUAUCCUGAAAGAUUUCUUCACUUCCCGCGGACUGGACUUCCUCUGUGUGACGGAAACAUGGCUGAGAGCCGGUGAGUCCGCCCCUCUUAAUGAACUUCUGCCUCCGGAGUGUUCCUACUUUAAUUCUCCGCGGUCGUCCGGCCGAAAAGGAGGAGGAUUAGCAGUCGUUUUUAAAAAUGACUUUAAAUGCCGUCAGAUCCGCGUGCAAUCCUCCUUUUCAAGCUUCGAACUGUGCAUGUUUGAACUGGGUCUUUCUGAUGUCGUCCUGUGUGUCGUCGUCUACCGACCACCCAAGAGCUUCCUGAAUAGGGUGUUGAUGGUGCGUGUUGAGAUCCAGGCAGAAAUCCAAUUAGGGCAAGGCAGGCUCGAGCGUCGGAGGACAGGCGGAUGGUCGAGGACAAGAGCGUGGCGUUGUGGUCAGAAAGCAGGCGUGAAGUCGAAGUCCAGGAAGGCAAGGGGGAAUCCACAGGGGAUCCAAAGUGACGAGACACAACUCGACGGCAAGGAAGGACGACGGGGAGCUGGACCCUCUACCUUAUGCAAGACUCCCGACGAGCUUCGAGGUGCCUCAGGGUAA